AUGCAUGAGAGAUUUAUCUUUAAGAUUCUGAUGCUGGGCGAUGCAGGAGUGGGCAAGACGUGUCUUCUCCAACGCUUUACGAACAAACGAUACACGGGAUAUUACAAGUGUACAAUCGGAAUUGAGAUGAUGGUGCGGGAUAUCGAGAUAUCCGGUUGUAAGGUGAAGCUAGAGAUCUGGGAUACGGCUGGCGAGGAACGUUAUCGUUCAAUGAUGUCCUCCUACUAUCGGCAAGUCGAUGGUAUCGUACUCGUUUUCGAUUUGACACGACGUCUGAGCUAUUGUCAUGUGGAUUAUUGGAUUGAGGAGAUCAAGAAAUAUGCAUCAUCAGAUGUCUCCAUUAUUCUGGUGGGCAACAAAUGCGAUGCGUUUGGGGAUCGUCAGGUGCAUCAACAGUUGGCAGUCAUGUAUGCCGAUAAUCUAAACAUUCCCUAUGUGGAGGCAUCUGCCGUCAGUGGCUAUAAUGUGGAUCGUUUGUUUUCCAAAGUCAGCGUUAACGUUUUCGAUCAGCGUAUUAACCAUAUGCAACUGCUGGAGCUGGAGAGCAUUCCCAGAGGCAUCCAUCUGAGGGAUGAGAAGACGUUGGCCACAAAUAAGCUGACCACACGUCUCGGCGGAUUCUGUUGCUAA